AUGGCCACUAGGGAUGAUGCGAGGGUGGUUCAUGUUUUUGUGGAGGAUCAAUUGGCCGUUCUCCUUGAGGACGUGCACGACUGGCUGCGAAUCAUUGACGAGGUAGAGGAGACAAAGGUGCAGUACGACACGGCGCGGAGGUGCUCCUUUUACUGGGUGCGCUUUAAACACGCUUCUGCGGCGCAGCUGGCGGUCAACUACCUUGACGGGGAGAAGCUGAAGAAUCACGUCAUUCACAUUUCCUCGAGCGUCUACACCAAGCGACUGCCGCUGGAGGCCGCUGCGGAGGGCCACGCGCUUGCUGAGCGCGAAAACAGGGAUCAGCAGGUGGUGGCAAACCCAAAUUUGCCGUUGAAUCAUCGAAUGCCCCCCGAGCUGCGGAUGGACACGCCGCUUGUUGACAGCAUACCCGCGCUCUUGUCGACUGCCGCGGAGGGCAGUGAGCGCCACAGCCUCGUUCAGCAACUGCGGCAGCUGCAAGAGUCGUACUGCCACGUCCAGGAUGCGAUUCGCGAGGCUGAAGAGAACAUGCGGGCAACAGACAAAGAGGUUGGGCAGCUCCUUCGAGGCGGUGCCGCACCAUCCGGUUCUGCUGAAGCUGGGAACUGUGAGAAGGUGCAGGAUGUCAAAGCCACGGAGAUUGCGAGAAGCCGACGAAUUAGUAAUGCCGUACAAAUACCCAUGACUCUUCUUGACCCAGCUGGCUUAAUUGUGAGGUUUACCCGCCACGUUGGGCCCGUGACGGAUUAUUCUUUUAACGUCUCCCUGGAUGGAGCUUCAUUUCUGGCAGUUGUGGAGUUCUUUCACGGGGACGACGCGGGUCACGCGCUACAGCUUUUGCAGGGAGGCGGGAGUCGUGGGCCAGCGGAUCCUGCUGCCAAGCGCACUCGCCUGGACCGCGACGCGGAAGAGGCACUGUCCUUUUUGUCCGUGUUUGGCUGGGGCGAGCAUGCAUCGGUUGAAGUUCUGCGUCCACCUGAUCUCGCGAUUUGCUGUCAUACUGCCCACCUUCAAGCUAUGCACGCUCUGCAAUGCUGCCUGCAUCCAGCCGCUUAG